AUGGACCCCCGAACCUUCGCAAACCAUAGCACCAGCAGUGCUUUUGGCCCAAACGCGAACCCGGAUGAAGAUUGGACUAAGAUCUCGGACCUUGCUGAACGACGCAGGAUACAAAACAGAAUCGCCCAGCGAAACUAUCGGCAAAAGAUGAAGCGCCGUCUUGAGGAUCUAGAAGGAAGAGCCGCAACCACACCCGUAUUACCGGAACGAAGACACGAAGACUCGGUUCGACCGAAGCAGGCGCAAGCCUUCAAAUCGCGCACGAAGAAAAGGACGCCUGAACGGUCUACCUCGGACGAGAACCAACGUUUUCAGCCGCCUCGCACCUCAUUAGAAUUUGAAAGGUCUACCGGACAAGACGAGGAGGCAAUCUUCUCCUACCACCUCGCCAAGCAGCUCUCAGCCUCGCCUCCACAGCCUUAUCCUCCCUAUUCUCAGCCUGACCUAUACAACCAUACUUUAUACCCCCAACCACCGGUCUACGAACCUCCCAUGGUCGGCUACUAUGAGGAUAUCUCCCUUCCGAACGGAUACGCAGGCCACCUAUCGUCUAUGCUGCCGGAAGUAAUGCCAUCAACCGCCUCGUCAGCGCAAACGUACUACUACAUGGAAGAGAACACUAUGAACCCCCCCCUCGGAAUGGAAUACCCGGCCCUGACCGGAUUCGAACCAUACACUUCCACCCAGCCGCGGCCGCAAUAG